AUGUCUGUAAAUCUGUUCAAACGUCUCGUCCGCUUUGCGCCGAGAUCAAACACUUCAGGUAUCCUAAUUGGACAGCCUGUGAAAGACGACAUUGAUGUCGGCUUGGCUCUCCGCAAUGACACUGAAGUCCAGGUCGACGUCUUUUCAGGAACGUCAGUUUUAAAUCCUGGCCAGAGCACUGGAAAGGUUGAGAUCAUUCACAAGAUAUUCUCGCCGCUGGCGGCUGACGAAGUUGGCACUAUUCGCUGCAUCGGGUUAAACUACAAGCGACAUGCGGAUGAAGUGUUGAUGGAUCUGCCGCCAAUUCCCACAAUGUUCAUGAAGCCGAGUACCGCGCUUGGAGACCCCUGGCCAACGCCGACUCUUAUUCCUAAGAUUUCGCAGAGGGACGGUACUAGUGACUUUGAAUCAGAACUCGCUGUUAUCCUUGGUAAGACCGCCAAGAAUGUCUCGGAGGCGGAGGCAAUGGAGUACGUUUUGGGAUAUUCUGCGUGCAAUGACGUCUCAAGUCGUGAAAGCCAGCUUGCCCAGAGCCAAUGGAACUUUUCCAAGGGCUUCGACGGUGCUUGCCCAAUCGGGCCGACACUUGUCUCUAGAGACUUGGUUCCAGAUCCCACCAAGUUCAGGAUUCGAGGAUCGAAGAACGGAGAGGUCAUGCAAGAAUCCGAGCUUGAUGACCUGAUCUUUGGGAUUCCCCAGCUCAUUGCCUUCCUUUCGCAGGGCACCACUCUGCCUGCUGGCACGAUCAUUAUUACAGGAACCCCUGCAGGAGUGGGUAUGGGAAGAACACCUAAGGAGAGACUUGACGCUGGAGACGAGUUCCAUGUUGAGAUCCUGCCGCAUAUUGGUACCUUGGUUAGUAUAUUCCAGAAUGAAUGA